UUUAUUUCCGUUUAGUUUAGUGAAAUUAAAGAUGUUUUCCUGAUGUUUUUUAAAUGAUUUCCUGUUUUUGCAUUUUGAAGCGUUUUCAUGCAGCUCCUACAGAGCGGCCAUAUUUCCUGGCAGUGGAUUUUCUUUGGUUAAACGGUUUUAGAGGAAAGCGGAUCUAAGGAGUGUUUGUGGUUAAAUCAGUCAAACUGGAUCAGAACAUGAAGCCGGAGGUUUAAUCCGGAUCAGGAAUCCCUAAAUGAGUCCAGAUGUGAAACUUUAAAGAAGAUGAAGGUUGGAGGAGAAGCUCCAGGUCUCCUUCCUCCUGUGAACAGGUUGACCCUGAGCGCUCCUCCCCCUCUGCAGCCCCCUCCUCUCUGCUGCGGUAAAAUCUCCUGAGUGGCUGCGGCUCUCCCUCCGUGGGACUCUCCUCCCUCUCGCUCCUCCUCCCCCCUCCCCUGCAUCCCCCUCCUCAGCAGGGAUCCUCAGAGCGGAGCCGGAGCGCAGAGAGGAAAAGUCCCUGCUGAUCUCCAGCUGUAGAGUUCCUGGAUUCCUCGUGUGCCGCCGCUCUGAGCCGUUCCCUCCAUCCAGCUGCCAGGCGUAGAAACAUGGACGUGUUUAAGAGCCGCCUGUUGGGGAUCUCUGUGGCCGUGGCGCACGGCGUUUUCUCCGGUUCCCUCAACAUCCUGCUAAAGUUCCUCAUCAGCAACUACCACUUUGGCUUCCUGACGCUGAUCCAGUUCCUGACCAGCGUCACGGCGGCGCUCACCCUGGAGACCCUGAGGCGGCUGGGGAAGGUCCAGAUCCCGCCAUUCAGCGUGCAGCUCUCCAAGGAGUUUGCGUCGGUGUGCGUCCUCUCCACGCUGCAGUCCACCCUCACCCUGUGGUCGCUGCGCGGCCUCAGCCUGCCCAUGUACGUCGUCUUCAAGCGCUGCCUGCCGCUCUUCACGCUCCUCAUCGGCGUCUGUGUGCUGAGGAACGCCUUACCUUCUGUUGGCGUGGUAACCGCUGUGCUCAUCACCACUGGGGGCGCCGUACUGGCAG